GACUGUCAACAUGUAAGAUGGCGGCCCACCACAGACAGAAUGCCGCUGGGCGAAGGAAAGUACAGGUCAAUUGAUAUUUCUGUAAUACAACUCUGUAUACAUGAAAAUGCACACUAUUCCAAAUAGUGUGACAAUGUGCACCACUAAUCUUGGAAAGAAGAUGCAAAUUGCAAUCCAAGAAUGCUCAUCUCGUUACUGUUAACUCAGCUCAAGCUAGCUGACGUACAUGCUAGUAAGCUAGCAUGAUAAAUACACGAUUUGAAGAAUGAUUUGCUCGGAACAAAGUAACUUCAAAUGAACCUGAGUUGUGCGACAAUUUUAUUUAACCAUUGUUGCAUUUCUUAGGGUAUCUUAUGUGAUAAGAGACGAGGUGGAGAAGCACAAUCGCAAUGGGGUGAAUGCUCUUCAGCUGGACCCUGCACUGAACCGGCUCUUCACGGCUGGAAGAGACUCUAUCAUCAGGAUAUGGAGUGUCAACCAGCACAAGGACCCUUACAUCGCUUCCAUGGAGCACCAUACAGACUGGGUCAAUGACAUCGUCCUCUGUUGCAAUGGAAAGACAUUGAUAUCUGCUUCAUCAGACACGACAGUGAAAGUGUGGAACGCACAGAAAGGAUUCUGCAUGUCAACGUUACGGACUCACAAGGACUAUGUGAAGGCAUUGGCAUAUGCUAAAGACAAGGAGCUGGUGGCGUCAGCAGGGUUAGACAGACAGAUCUUCCUGUGGGACGUCAACACACUAACAGCACUGACUGCCUCCAACAACACUGUCACCACGUCGUCCCUCAGUGGGAACAAAGACUCCAUCUACAGCUUGGCUAUGAACCAGAUGGGGACAGUCAUCGUAUCUGGCUCCACUGAAAAGGUCCUGAGAGUAUGGGACCCUAGAACAUGUGCUAAGCUGAUGAAGCUGAAAGGCCACUCCGACAACGUCAAGUCACUGUUGCUGAACCGGGACGGCACACAGUGUCUGUCAGGCAGCUCAGAUGGAACCAUCAGGUUGUGGUCUCUGGGGCAGCAGAGGUGUAUCGCUACGUAUCGGGUCCACGACGAGGGAGUGUGGGCCCUGCAGGUGAACGAAGCCUUCACACACAUCUACUCUGGAGGCAGAGACAAGAAAAUCUUCUGCACCGACCUGAGGAACCCUGAUAUCAGAGUACUCAUCUGUGAGGAGAAGGCCCCUGUACUGAAGAUGGAACUGGACAGGACAGCUGACCCUCCUCCUGUUAUCUGGGUCUCUACCACCAAGUCAUCUGUUAACAAAUGGUGUCUAAAGGGAAUCCACAACUUCCGGGCGUCUGGGGAUUAUGACAAUGACAUCAUCGCCCCCCUGACCCCGCUGUGUACAGCGCCUGAACAGGUCAUCAAAGGAGGGGCCAGUAUAAUUCAGUGUCACAUUCUGAACGACAAGAGGCACAUCGUCACCAAAGACACCAACAACAAUGUUGCAUUCUGGGAUGUACUGAAAGCCUGUAAGGGAGAGGACCUGGGGAAAGUAGAGUUUGAUGAAGAGAUCAAGAAGAGGUUCAAGCAGGUCUACGUCCCAAACUGGUUCUCUGUCGACCUCAAGACAGGGAUGCUGACCAUCACACUGGAUGAGAGUGACUGCUUCGCUGCCUGGGUGUCUGCUAAGGAUGCUGGCUUCACAAGCUCUGAUGGAUCGGACCCAAAGUUGAACCUUGGUGGACUGCUACUUCAGGCCCUGCUAGAGUUCUGGCCCAGGACGCACAUCAACCCCAUGGAUGAGGAGGAGAACGAGGUCAACCAUGCAGCAGUGAAUGGGGAGCAGGAGACGCGGGUGCAGAAGGGGAAUGGGUACUUCCAGGUGCCUCCACACACUCCAGUCAUCUUCGGAGAGGCAGGAGGGAGGACUCUGUUCCGACUGUUGUGUAGGGACUCGGGUGGGGAGACGGAGUCUAUGUUACUGAAUGAGACAGUCCCACAGUGGGUCAUAGACAUCACUGUGGACAAGAACAUGCCGAAAUUCAACAAGAUCCCGUUCUACCUCCAACCCCACUCGUCUUCUGGAGCCAAGACACUGAAGAAGGACCGUCUGUCUGCCAGUGACAUGCUGCAGGUGAGGAAGGUGAUGGAACACGUCUAUGAGAAGAUCAUUAACCUGGACACUGAGUCCCAGAACACUGCUUCCUCCUUGGCAGCCAAUGACAAGCCAGGAGAGACAGAGAAGGACGAGGACAUGGCCCUCAUGGCUGAGGAGAAGAUUGAACUGAUAUGUCAAGACCAGGUCCUGGACCCAAACAUGGACCUGCGAACUGUCAAGCAUUUUAUCUGGAAAAGUGGAGGGGACUUGACGCUUCACUAUAGGCAGAAAUCUACGUGAGGCAGACACCUCAUUUUAAGUCCUAAAGAGACAGUUUCUUCACACACUACCAUCCUCCAUCUUCAGCUCCAAUGAUUGGCUGGCCGAGAGAGGGUAGGCUUAUCACCCCGCCCACUAUGUUUAUCAGGGUCGUAUUCAUUAGACACCAUAUGGGAGAAACCAUGGACUGAAUCUGAAUUUAUUCAAUAAGAAUCACUUUUUUUUCUCCUCCAUUUGCCGUUGCAGAAUGUUUUGCUAUGUUGGGUAUUAAUAAAUAUACAACCCAAGAUGUUAGAGAUGUUUUCUCUGUCCAAUUGGAGGGAUGUGGGUGACUUCCGGUGAAGCCCGAAGAGAUUCAUGAUGAAUUGCGGUUCUUUCUUCAGACUGUGCUAUUAACGGGAAUGGGGAAAAAAAAUGAAUCCAAUAUUUUUAUCUAGCACUAUGUAGGUUAUUAUUUUUAUUAAACACAUUUUGUUGUUGUCCUUUUGCUUUGUGAUGUCAUAGUUAAAAGGAAUAGUUCUGGUGCAAUGGGUAGUGUAUGUCUUCAUGUAUAUGCGCUGUUUGUUCUCAUUCCAGAAACAGCCCGUUGCUUCUUCCUUCACCAAUACUAUGACUUAGUCCCGGUUCUCAACCCUUCUGGACAUUCUCACGUGUUUUUACAAUGGAGGAGACUUCUUCCAGCCAGUGCUUUUCCCUAAUCCUACGCUUUUAGAUCCAGGAUAGGGACUAUGCAAGUGUAUAUUUCUUAGGAAAGAGAAUGGUACAUCCCGAUUCUCCAGGACCUGGAGUUCUUCCUUACCAUGUGACUUGACCAAGAGCAACUCCUGGCCCUAACGCCACCUACAGUAUACCUGGACAGCCUGACCAACUAUUCAAGCCGAUCAAUGUUCGUAGCUUAAUUCUGUCAACCCGAAUUAGGACUGACUGACUUGAGAGAUUUGCAUAUUUGUUUUGUAAAUAACAUGCUUUAUGUGAAUUCAUGUUCCCUUUAUUUUUCAGGAUGCUAUGUUUAAUUAUUUUUUUGUACAGUUUAACAAGUCAAGAGAAAUUCACUUUUGAUCAAAGUUUUUUUUUUAUUCAAUGUUUUUUUUCUUCAGUAUCCCGAGAAAAGCACACGAUAUCAAGCCUGGUCCCAGUUCUGUUUGUGCUGUCUAGCUCAACUCAUAACUGUCAUUGUCGACCAAUGAUCUGGGACCAGGCUACAGAUUUUCAAGUAUGUUUGUAGUUGUCUUAAGCAAUCAAGAUUAAAAAGAAGGUAUUUCUUAAAUCACACAUUGUAACAUUGGGCAUCUGGUGGACAACGUUUACACAUUUUAAAGUGAAAUCUCCUCCUACAGACUUGUUUUAUAAUCAUGAACCAAUAUUCACAUCUUCCAAGAGGGCUAUUGUACUGUAUAAUGUUUCAUAUAGUUAGACAGGAAAUUGGGUCUAGGAUGUUAGUUUAAAACAAUUUUUAAAAAAUCUCAAACUACAGGGUUUAUACAUAUAACUUAACUGCGUAUCCAAAUUGAAUAUGUAAAAUCAUAGAUGGGAUGCACACUUACUUGUGACAAGUGAAAUAACUAGUUUGAGUAAAUUGUCUUUAUUUUUAGGUUGUUAUUGACUUGUCCCCCCCCCCUUCUCUAUGGCGAUGAGUUAAGAGGAAGCUCCAGUAUAGGGGCCACGUCAUAGAAAUAUAAUGACUUUCUAUGGUGUAGACAGCAAGACGCCGUAUCCUCAGUCUUACAAUAUUUAUUGUUGGAUGAUGAAGUGUAUUUUGGGCUUUCAAAAGCAUAUUAAAUUUGAAUGGUUUUACUAUA